CGUGUCUUCCUUGCAGACUCAGACCCUUGCACACCAGAUGCUCCUCCUGCUGCCACUUCUCCACCAACUUCAGAAGAACUCGGACCUUUCACUGCACCAGCAUCACCCUCUUCUUCCUCUGAUCCUGGUACUGCAUCAUUUUCACCACCGCUACCUCCUUGCGUUGCAGCCUUGCAUCCCAAACCACCUCCUGUUCCACCACCACCGCCAGCUUCUGCUGGCACAGUUCACCCUGGACUCCCUUCUGUUCCUGCACCACCUGCCUCUACUUCAUCCCUGCACCCUGGACUUUAUCUGCCAGUCGUCCCACCCGGCAGUGCCACCCACCUCAUCAACUGGCUGCCCUUCUUGGCUUCAGCAACACUCGCCACCAUCCGCGGGAAGGAGGAGGAUCAGCCACCUGUAGGAACAUGCUCCUUGGAAAGCGUGAAGCGAAGCAGCAGUGCACCCCCACCGCCCUCCCAUGAUGACAACCACCGUGCUGCAUCCGUGGAAGACAGGGCUCCAGAAGCUGCUUCCCUGCCAGCGGCUGCCCGCGCCGUGCCCUCCAGCUCUGAGCAGGGAUCAGCAAAUGUGAGUGACAUCCUGGCAGAGCUGCGGACCAUGAACGGCCACCUGUCUGUCAUUGCUCGAGCCCUGACACAGCUGGCCUCAUCGCUGGCACCGCAGCAGGGCACACGUGGCACCCCACCUCCUUAGAGCUGGGUGGCCCAUCCUGCUCACCAGGGUGACAUUGGCCAGGGACAAUCCAUGAUGGAGAUGUGGAGGAGGGAGACCCUGCACGAUCCUGCCCAUGUGCUCUGUGCUGUUUCACUGUGCUCUCUGACACAUGCCGAGACAAACCCCAAUUUUUUUUUUAUUAUUUGUUUGUUUAUUUCCUCCUUGUAAACGGCUGCAUAUAUUAAAAAAAAAAAAAGUUUUUGUGGUAUUGGUAAUAAAACUGUUU